AAAUUGCUUCUCUUUUUGGUGUGUAAUGUUCUUUUCGUUCUCGCUUUAGGCCUCCUCCUCAACAGUCUGGGGGUGGGGUGGGGUGGGGUGGAUUGAAUUGUGGAGCCCACACUGGUCCUCAUCUUUGCUGGCUCCAAGCUCUCCAUGGUUGGUUUUUAAUGGGGUUUGUCUGCUGAGAGAGACCGGAGUUUCAGUUGGCCCAAUCCAACCAACCAAAUUACAUAACUACCCACUCCUCCCUUCUUCUUCUUCUUCUUCUUCUUCAAAUCUCUCCAUCUGUAACUCUUUCUUUUUCUUCUUCUUUCAGUAUAUCUUCUUCUGCUGCCGAUUCGAUCUCUUCUGUCAUCAUCAUAUCAUUAUCAUCUUCUCCGGUGCGUGCUUCCUACAGUGAAAGACCCAAUCUCGAUUUGAUUCGCCCAAUCCACAGAUCUCAUACAUCUUUCGCAUUCAGAUCUUCUCUUUCCCAUCAUAAAGGGUCAUUGCUUGGUUUGCAGGGGAGACUGAGGGCAUUCAAGCUUUGAUUUUUUUCCCCUCUUCUUUUCAUCUGUGAAGAGUUGUUGGAUCGAGUGGUGUUUUUAUAUAGAUGAGGCGAAUCAGGAGUGUGCUUUGGGUGAGAUGAGGGAUGUUAUCUGGGUUCAUGAACCUGUUUCGGGCCUGUUUCGGGCCGAGGUCAGAUCGAUAUGUCCGCUCCAGCUCUGACUCCGGAGGCCGUCAAGAUGGGCUCUUGUGGUAUAAAGACACCGGGCAGCAUUUUAGUGGGGACUUUUCUAUGGCAGUAGUUCAAGCCAAUAAUCUACUUGAAGAUCAGAGCCAGCUCGAGUCCGGCUGUUUGAGCACUCAUGAUUCCGCGGGCCCUUUUGGCACCUUCGUUGGUGUCUACGAUGGCCACGGAGGCCCCGAAACUUCUAGAUUCAUAAAUCAACACCUUUUCCAACACCUCAAGAGGUUCAGUUCUGAUGCACAAACAAUGUCAGCAGACGUGAUCCGGAAGGCAUUUCAAGCAACAGAAGAGGGAUUCACCUCUGUGGUGGCCAACCAAUGGCCAAUGAAACCUCAGAUUGCGGCUGUUGGGUCGUGCUGCCUUGUUGGAGUUGUCUGCAACGGCACUCUAUACAUCGCCAACCUUGGGGACUCCCGUGCCGUUUUGGGGAGAAUUGUCAAGGCAACCGGAGACGCGGUUGCUGUUCAGCUCUCUGAAGAACACAAUGCAAAUCUUGCGCCCGUGAGACAAGAGCUGCAAUCUUUGCACCCCGAGGAUUCCCAAAUCGUGGUUUUGAAGCACAAUGUUUGGCGUGUCAAGGGAAUCAUACAGGUCUCGAGAUCAAUUGGCGACGUAUACUUGAAGAAAGCAGAGUACAACAGGGAACCACUGUAUGCCAAGUUUCGCGUCCGGGAACCAUUCAAAAAGCCCUUUCUCAGCGCGGAUCCGUCUAUUUCUACGCACCAAUUGGAACCGCACGAUCAAUUCAUCAUAUUUGCCUCCGACGGUCUUUGGGAGCACCUUAGUAAUCAAGAAGCCGUCAAUAUUGUCCAAAAUAACCCACGCAACGGGAUAGCGAGAAGGUUAGUGAAAGCGGCAUUACAAGAAGCGGCAAAGAAGAGGGAAAUGCGGUACUCGGACUUGAAGAAAAUAGAGAGGGGAGUGCGUCGUCAUUUCCACGAUGACAUCACCGUGAUUGUCGUUUUCCUAGACUCGAACCUUGCGGGCAAGUCGGGCAGCUCAGUCAAGGGUUUUAGUAACAACCUCUCUGUGAAGGGAGGGGGUGUCCACCUGCCCUCAAACACUCUUGCUCCUUGUGCCAUGCCAGCCUAGUUUAAGCUCUCUCUCUCUCAUUUUCUUUCUCUCAUGUGAAAUGUCAUUAGUACCCUUGUAAUGUUUGUUGUACUAUUUUUUUACCUUCCCAUAUUCUCCUCUGCUUUUUACUACUACUACUACAAGUAAUAUAUAAGUAUAUGAUGAUAUAUGAUCUCUCAGCUGUUUUAUGUACACUGUAACCUUUUGACACCAACUAAUCGUUCUUCUUCUUUUUUUGUUCUUGGGAAGUUUAGAAGAAAAAAAAAAGACUGAUUAUAAUCUCAUAUGAACCGCGAUUCAAAAUUUAAAAAUAUCUUCGGAUAAAACGGAUGCGGAUUGUUCCUGUUUAAACAGAUACGGAUGCGUACGGCAAUCGAAUUUUCGGUUAUCCAUUGACAGCUCUACAUGCUAGGUAUAUUUUGUGGAGUGUAAAUCAUCAGAGUAUCAGUGUAAAACUUAGAGGUACAAACUGGUGUACACCUAGCUUUAUUCUUCAUUUAAUUUUUAAACAAAUGUUGUAUUACUUA